UGAGCAACUGAAAUUAUUCUGAGCAAUAAGUACUUAGGCAUUGUAUAUCAGCGUUUUCAAAUCUCUUCUGAUAUAAAAGUUCCCUUGCUUUAUGUGGUUCAAUCAUACACCAAGAAAUGCUGGUUGUCUCUAGUUGUUUCUUCAAAUCUGGAGAAGUAGCCAGUCCUUGGAUUAGAUUAGUAAACUCGUUAAAAUUUUCUUCCAAUUACUGCACUUGACAUCUCCUGAACCAUUCAGAGAUAUAACUUUGAUAUUUGUAUUUUUGAGUAAUUCUGCAAAGUUCAGGACAACAGGCAUUGAAAGUGCACAAAAGCUAAACCCUACUUUCUCGAGAUGAACAUAAGAUAUUAUGAAUCUCUUUAAUUGAGAAACAUUUAAUUUUAAGCCAAAUAUAUCCAUCUCUGUCAAAACUCUAGAGCUAAUUCUAAUGAUUCCUUCCAGAUGAGGAGCGAUGUUUAAAGGGAUCUCUCUUGAUGAAUAUAGUAUCACAUCAUUAGCAGAUUUUGGGAACUUUGAGGUAAAGUAGUUGAUAAUAUGCUUAUCUCUACCUUCAAUAUUACCUAAAUAGAAUUUAUCCACUUCAAUAUAUCUCAAUAAUUCAAGUUUUUUCGUAAAAUUUAAAUAUCCUUUAUGUUUGAUAUCUAACUCAAAUUUUAGUUUUGCCUCCCUGCAGGAGUCAUCAUUAGAUUCUUUUCUGAUAACUGAUUGAAAUAAAUAGAGUUUAUAAGUUGCCCCUCGAUGGUUUUUUCCUCCUUCAGAAUUGAUUUCUCUUGGCUAUAUUGAACCACAUCAGGAAGGAUGUCUGUAAAGCUAAUGAUAAUCACUGAUGCCUUAGAAUUAAUAAGCGUCUUAACCUCUAUUUUCAGGCGUAGAAAUUUUAAACUACGUUUGUGGCUAUAUAACAACAAAGAUUUAACCAUAUAGUUGUAUUGGUAGAAAAAAAAUGCCAAACCUAACUAACUCUGUAUCUUUUUUUAAUUAAUAAGUUGAAGAUCUUCUAAGAUUUACUCAUAAGUCUAUAAAAAUGCUCCUUAUGGUGUCUAAAUACUACACAACACAGAAUGAUAUCUUAAGAAGAGACAACUAAAUUUAGGUAAAUUUCUCACAUAUUAUUUCAAAACACGAAGGCAAAGAGCAAACGACAUUGGACGAAUGAGGAUUCAAUCACUGACAACAUAGAACAAGGGCAAAGGAAAGGUUCUAUUUGUUCAGCAUAAUCCGAAGCUAAGUCUUGAAUUUACCCUCUUAUUUGGAUGACUUUCUGCUCUAA